AUGCAGCCGGUCUUCACUUCCAGGGGAGUGACACCCAUCGGACCGUACUCGCAGGCCAUCAAAGCCAAUGGCUUGGUCUUCGUUUCGGGCCAAAUACCUGCAGAAACAGACGGGAAGCUCAUUGAGGGUACCACGGCGAUGAAGACGCAUAAAAUGUGUCAGAAUGCAAAGGCCGUUCUAGAGGCUGCCGGGUCUGGCCUUGACAAGGUCGUCAAGGUCACGGUAUACUUCCAGAACAUGGAUGACUUCAAAGAGAUGAAUGAGAUCUAUGCGACUUACUUCCCGCACAAGCCUGCGCGGAGUUCUUGCGAGGCCAGGAGAUUGCCAGCAAGCGCGAGCAUGGAAAUGGACAUCAUAGCUCUAUACUAG